AUGAAGCUGUUGAGCGGGUUACCGUUAAGAUUGGUGAAUGCCAGUUACUCUCAAAGCGGCAGCUUACGUCUGUUAAGUGCAUCAGCAGCUAAGUCACAAAGGCCUGCAGAUAACAGAGAAGGACGUGAGAUUUACACCACUUGUCCAAUCGACUACAAUGAGGGAAAAUUCGAUAAAAUUCUUAUUGCAAACAGAGGAGAAAUUGCUUGCCGUGUAAUUAAAACCGCGAAAGCUAUGGGAAUCCAAACCGUUGCUGUGCACUCUGAUGUAGACAGUAAUGCACUCCAUGUUCGCAUGGCUGAUGAAGCUGUUUGUAUCGGAACUGCUCCAACAUCAGAAUCCUAUCUUAGAUCAGACAGAAUUUUGCAAGCGGUUAAAGAUACUGGUGCCCAAGCUGUUCACCCAGGAUAUGGUUUCCUUUCCGAGAACACCAAGUUUGCUGCAGAGUUAGAAAAAGCUGGAGCUAUUUUCAUUGGACCAAAUUCUAAAGCCAUUCUCGAUAUGGGAGACAAAAUCCAUUCCAAGAAAAUCGCCGCUGCUGCUAAAGUUAAUAUGAUUCCCGGAUAUGAUGGUGAAAUCGCUGACGAAGAAAUGUGCGUCAAGGUCGCCAACGAUAUCGGAUACCCUGUCAUGGUUAAAGCCUCAGCCGGAGGUGGAGGUAAAGGUAUGAGAGUUGCCUGGAAUGAUAAGGAGUUGCGUGAAGGAUUCCGUCUCUCAAAGCAGGAAGCUGCUUCAUCUUUCGGAGAUGAUAGAAUGUUAGUUGAAAAGUUCAUCGACAACCCUAGACAUAUUGAAAUGCAAGUUAUCUGUGAUAAGCAUGGAAAUGCUCUCUGGCUUAACGAGAGAGAAUGCUCUAUUCAAAGACGUAAUCAGAAGGUUAUCGAAGAAGCUCCUUCUUCAUUUGUAACCCCGGAAAUGAGAGCUAAAAUGGGAGAGCAAUCUGUUCAACUUGCUAAAGCCGUAGGUUAUGAUUCCGCUGGAACUGUUGAGUUCCUUGUUGACUCUAAAAGAAACUUCUACUUUUUGGAAAUGAACACACGUCUUCAGGUGGAGCACCCUAUUACUGAAUGUAUUACCGGAAUUGAUAUUGUUCAACAAAUGUUGAGAGUUGCUUAUGGUCAUAAGCUUCCUCUCACCCAAGCUCAGGUUCCUCUUCAAGGAUGGGCUUUCGAAAGCAGAGUAUAUGCCGAGGAUCCAUACAAAGGAUUCGGUCUUCCAUCCAUUGGGCGUCUUCAUCGUUACGUUGAACCACGCGAUAUUAGCGGAGUUCGUUGCGACUCUGGAAUUAGAGAGGGUUCCGAAAUCUCUAUUUAUUAUGAUCCCCUCAUUUGCAAGCUUGUGACUUAUGGAGAGAACAGAAAUCAAGCUUUAGACAAAAUGGUUCAAGCCUUAGACAACUACGUCAUUCGUGGAGUUACUCAUAACAUUCCCCUUCUCAGAGAUGUAUGUCAUGAGAAGAGAUUCCGUGACGGAAAUAUCACAACCAAAUAUCUACCAGAAACUUACCCUGAUGGCUUCCAAGGAGCAACUUUGAACACGAGCGAACAAAGAUCCGUCAUCGCUUUAGCUUCUGCUCUUAACGCUAGGAAACUUGCUAGAGCCAAGAAAUUCCUCAAUCAAACUCGUCAAAAAACCACAACUACUGAGCCAUAUAAGCUCAGCUAUAAAUUCGUUGUUGAACUUCCCACCAAGGAAAAUGAGGAAAAAGUCAGACAUAACGUCGAAGUUUACUUCAAGAAUGGUGACGAAAAGAAAGCUCGCGUUUUGGUUAAUGGCAAAAAGGUUAAAAUUGAUGGAAAUCUCAAUCUCGCCCAACCUGUUGUUCAUGUUGAGACUGAUGGAAAGCCUGUUUGCUCUCAGAUCAUCAGCAAGAAGGCUGGAGAAAUCACCAUCCUUUUCAAUGGAACACCUUUCAAGGUUAAAGUGCUCCCAGAUUCUGCUAUUGAGUACCUUCAACAUAUGAAGGAAAAGCCAAAGGUUGAUUUAUCAACUGUCAUCCUCGCCCCUAUGCCUGGAGCUAUCAAGAAUGUCUCUGUUAAAGUCGGAGAUAUGGUUGCUGAAGGCCAAGAAUUGGUUGUCAUUGAGGCUAUGAAAAUGCAGAACAGUCUCCAUGCCGGAAAGACCGGAAAGGUGAAGAGUGUAAGUGUUAAAGUCGGAUCAACUGUUGAUGAAGGAGAGCUUUUGGUUGAAUUGGAAUAA